GCUGCGAGGAAGUCAGCUCCUACAACAGGAGGAGUUAAGAAGCCUCAUCGUUAUCGUCCCGGAACUGUCGCUCUUCGUGAGAUUCGCAAGUACCAGAAGAGUACCGAGCUGCUUAUUCGAAAGCUUCCCUUCCAGCGACUGGUUCGCGAAAUUGCCCAGGACUUCAAG